UUUCUUUCUCUUUCCUUUGUAGAAAUUGGUAGCGGGAAAUUUGCAGCAUAUUUAUUGAUCAACAUAUUUUCCGGAGUAAUAUGGGUUGCCUGUACGUUUGGAGCUGAGGCGCGAAUUCAAAAUCUUUUUGAAAAACAGCUAUUUUCGCGUACGGAAAGAACAAAGAAAAAGAGAUUUGUGCAAAAAGCAAAACAUAAACAGCGAAAAGCGCAGAAGUCUGGUGGCCAAGUUCACGUUUUAAAUUUAGAAUCCUUUUUCCUGCAAAUUCGGAAUUUUGAAAAACGCACAAGUGAAUACAUGCAAAUUGCGUUGCGUGCGCAACACUUUGACACGACUCGAGCGAAGUGAAUCAGCUAAAUGUAGUUUGCAAGAGUCAGAGAAGGAUAGAAUGAACUCAAUUGUAAAGUGAGGUUAGACUGUGAUUGGUGUAGAAACAGAUCGUGAAACUGCUAAUAUUCUAAUGUCAUUGAACAAACUCAGCUGUUUGGAGGUGAUUGACUGAUUUGACGUCUUGCUGGUUUUGUGUAAAAAUAUAUUUUAUUUUACACCAAUCUUUUGUUCGAAAUUUUUGUUAGAAGUAUUGAAGUUCCUUUAGCUACCGAUGCUAAAAUGAGCGAAUUGAGUCAAGAAGAGAUACGUAAAAGACGACUUGCAAGGUUAGCAGCCUUAGGAAACGAUUCCCCAUCUAGCUUAACGUCGCCCCCAAACACUCCAAUAUCACAGUCUCCCUUAAGUGGCGGUUUAAGAAAUCAAUCCCCUUUAAAUUUUGAUUCUCCUACGGGUACGCCAAUAGAAGAAAAAUGCCUAGAUCUAAAGCCAAAACCAAAGCUUUUAGAAGAAGAAGAUAAAGCCAAAACGAGCCAGUGUUUUGAUUGUAAAGUAGACCAGAAGUUUGAGGGAGUUUUUCAGAUACCUAGUAAACCAAUUGACAUGCCUUCCAGUUCAAAGCACGCGCGACAUUUACCCCAAAGGAGUGACUCUGAAACUAGUUCUAUACACAUGGAAGUCGAUGAGGCAAGUGGCUGUGCAGAAAAAGGGGGCAACACCGACAUUGAUUCAGGAAUUGAAAAUAUGGAGGUUGAAGAGGGUGACGUAAAGAGAGAAAUAUGUCGACAACGUACUACUUCGUCAUCUGUAGAAAUGUCUGAGGAACAAAUACAUUCGACUUUGUCCCGUUUGUUGAGUUGUACCUUCAAGGAGUCCUCAGAAACGUUCACGCAUCUACCAGAGACAGCAGACCUUUUUAAAGAGGUGCCCAACAUAUCAGUUACUGCACUAACAUCAAACAGCAUCAUGGAAAUGCUCCAGCAGAUUGCCUCCGGCGUGAAUCCGUUCAAAAAGACUGAUUUGCAGGACGACAGUAGUUGUCUGAAUUCACUGUCUGUGAGUCCAACUCAAAAUUUGAGUCCGGCUUCCAGUCCUGUUCUGAACUGUCCCAUACCGUUCCUCUCGUUUAAAAGCAACGAACUCAAUAACGAAAUUCCGUCAUUAAAACUAGCUCUGCACUACCUAAUGAUUUCUUAUGCAAAAGUUGGCGUAGAAGAACGAAAUAAUCCUAAAAGGUCAAGUAUUCCUCCCCUGUCGGACAUCCUCAGUGACCUCAGGGAACAGCUCAUCAAUUAUACAGCUCUUAUACUUCAGGGUCUGAUAUUCCAACCGGCUCCUAACGCCCUCAAAGAAGGAAAGUCACCAAUUUUAGUGCCUCUACUACAGCAGACGUUGCCUCGUGGGUUUAUUUCUGAAUUAGUUGCAAGAACUUACACUAGUCCUGAUUGUUUUGCAAAUAUCUUUACGCCACUUCUUCAGGACCUAUUUUCAAUGAUGCAGACGGCCAGUAUUGUGGGAAACGAACACAGGCAACCUCUCCAGGCUCUCGGAGAACUGGCUGAAAUCCGUUGCGGUCCCAAUGGAAACCUCAGGCCCAUUUGCAAACUUUUAACUCAACAGGCACAGUUUUUGCCCGAAACAAUAUCUCAGUCUGCAGGUCGUGAAAUUACUAGAACGUCGUUUUUUGGACCUUUUCUUUCCAUUUCUGUUUUUGCCGAGGACGAACCAAAAGUAGCCGAAAAAUUUUUCUCUGGUAACACGACCAGCGAUAAAAGCUUGACUCAGACGUUGCAACAGGAACUGGAAAAUUCAAGGGUCAUGCUACACAAGAUUUUUCACGACGUUUUGGCCAAUGCCAGUAGUCGAGAUGGAAUGCUACAAUAUUUGACUAAUUUAUUGAAAUGUAACGAAAAAAGAGCACAACUUCAGGCCGAAGAAAGAAAUCUUGCUGGCGAUGGGUUCAUGUUGAAUGUUCUGAGUGUCUUGCAAAUGUUAGCAGUGAAGGUUAAAUUAGGAAAAAUUGACUUUUACUACCUUUUCCAUCCCAGUGCAGUUAUUGACAUUAAAAAUGACACGAGACUGAAAUUUUCUUCCCAAGAAACUACCGAUUGGUUGGAAGAAUUUGGUAAGCAAAAUCAGUGGACAGAAGCAAAGUUUCCAACCCAGUGCUGGUUUCUGACCUUGCACUGUCAUCAUUUGGCCUUGAUGCCAGCCUUGCAAAGGUUCCAGCGACGAUUAAGAGCCAUGCGUGAUAUUCAGAAGCUUUUAGAUGACACGAUAGCCACCGAGGCCCAGUGGAGGGACAGUCCUUUCGCUCAUAGAAAUAAGCAAUUAAUUAAACGAUGGAAACAACAAGUCAAGAAACUUAAUAAAUCAAAAGCGUGUGCUGAUGCUGGCCUAUUAGACAAAAAUUUACUUAGAAGAUCGUUAUCAUUCUUCACUAGUGUUGCGGAAUAUUUGCUUUGUUUAAUGACCAAUAAAAGUCCAGGAGAGAUCAAUACAAUCACGUUACCGCUUUCUCAAAACAUUCCACCUGUCUUCGCAGCCUUGCCAGAGUGGUACGUGGAAGAUAUCGCGGAGUUUCUCCUCUUCACCCUACAGUAUUGCCCCGUUGUGGUGGCUGACAACACAGAAAGUUCACUGCUCACGUGGAUCCUGAUAACGAUUUGCUCGUCACAGUAUGUAAAAAAUCCGUACCUGAUAGCCAAAAUAGUGGAAGUUGUUUUCGUACUAAAUCCCAACAUACAACCCCGAACUGAAUUGUUAUACUCGCGACUUAUGGCACACGAGUUCUCACACACUUUCCUGCCCAGUAGUCUCAUGAAAUUCUACACAGACGUCGAAACAACUGGUUCAAGUUCAGAAUUCUACGAUAAAUUCUCUAUUCGGUAUCAUAUCAGCUUAAUAAUAAAAAGCAUGUGGAGUUCUCCGAUCCAUCGCGAAGCCCUAAUAAAAGAGUCUAAAAGUGGUAAACAAUUUGUUCGUUUCGUAAACAUGCUAAUGAACGACACGACCUUUCUCUUGGAUGAAUCUUUGGAAAGUUUGAAACGUAUUCACGAAGUCCAGGAACUGAUAACUGACGAAGAAGGCUGGAGCAAGUUGCCCUCCGAACAGCAGCAGUCUCGUAUGCGUCAGCUGAGCGCUGAUGAACGUCAGUGUAGGUCUUAUCUGACCCUUGCUAGAGAAACUGUCGACAUGUUCCAUUAUUUGACGGUGGACAUUAAGGAGCCGUUUUUAAGGCCCGAAUUGGUCGACAGAUUGGCGAGUAUGCUCAAUUUUAAUUUGCAACAGUUGUGCGGACCCAAGUGCAAAAAUUUAAAGGUAAAGAAUCCCAACCGGUACGGGUGGGAACCGAGGAGACUCUUGAGUCAAUUAGUUGACAUUUAUUUGCACCUGGACUGUGAAAGCUUCGCCACAGCCUUAGCAGGAGAUGAGCGUUCGUUUAGAAAAGAACUGUUCGAUGAUGCCAUGGUACGUUUGGAAAGAGCUUUGAUAAAGACUCCGGUGGAAAUAGAGCAAUUCAAGGCCCUAGCAGACAAAGCAAAUAAGAUUUUGAUACACAAUCAGAAAUCAGAAGAUUGGCUAGCAGAUGCCCCUGAGGAGUUCCGUGAUCCCCUCAUGGACACAUUGAUGACCGAUCCGGUGCUACUACCAAGUGGCCAGGUUAUGGACAGGUCAGUUAUCAUGCGGCACCUGUUGAAUAGCAACACAGACCCAUUCAACAGACAACCACUGACUGAAGACAUGUUACAACCAGUGACCGACUUAAAAGAAAGAAUAAAAGUUUGGAAAUUGGAAAAAAUUCGUUCGACUAAGUAACCAUAUUGGUUGACUGGAUAACAACACACCAAAGUGUUCCCUUUCCAAACAGUCUUUAACUUUCAUUAAUAUUUUUUUCGAACAUUUACUCGUUUCAGUGCAAUUUUCUUCAUUCAAUCUAUUUUUUAUUUGUUUAUUAAUUCUAUCCUUAUUU